AAGGUCCACGUUGGGAAGUAGUACGCCUGGUUCACCAGGUUGGUUCUACCACUGCAGGGCCCAAUCAUGCUAGUUAGGCUAUAUGCUUAAUACAUGCAAGUAGAACGAAGUUUUCUUGGGUUUCUCUUUCUUAGUCUUUCUGAUAGCUUUGGUCUUUUUCCCAUGUCUUUCUUGGUCAACAACCAAGCACAUACACAUUUCUGACAAGUCUUUCCUAACGAAAGUAAGUAAAGCGGAUCACAAAGACUGUUAUAUUCUAUGGAGGAACAAAAAAAAAGCUUUGGUUUUUGGGGGGUCCCAUGUCGUAGGGGGAUCUGUCCAAAUGAGAAUUUAGGUCAAGGAGGUGAUGGAGGUCAAGGAGAUCAAGGAGGUCAUGGAGGUCAAGGAGGUACGGUAUUACAGCCGCCGAAACUGCAAAGGAUGGACACCCCUAGACCCGGGGGAAAAGGAAAAGAAGAAGGAAAAGGGAAAGAAGUUGAGGGAAAAGAAAAAGAAGACAAAGAUGAAAAAGAUAAUGGAGGUCAAGGAGGUACGGGAUCACAGCAGCCGAAGCCGAAAAGGCCCGGAACCCCUUACCCCAACAGACCCGGGGGAAAAGGAACAGAAGUUAAUAAAUUUCAAUGGAUCGAGCGGGUAAAAACCGUAACCCUUGCUUUUUUUGUUAUUGUUAUAUGGUAUUUCGCUAUUCAAUUCAAAUGGUAUUUCACUAUUCAAUUCAAAUGGCUAUUCCUCACAAUUGCUCCUUGUGAUGCAGGGGACUCCCUAUCAAGCCCUCUUGAUCAAUUUGAGAUAAUCCCAUUGAUGGAUAUGAAGAUAGGUGACUUGUAUUUCUCAUUCACAAAUCCCUCAUUGUUUAUGCUGCUCACUCUCAGUUUGGUCUUACUGCUGUUUCAUUUUGUUACUAAAAAUGGAGGAGGAAAGUCAGUACCCAAUGCUUGGCAAUCCUUGGUAGAGCUUAUUUAUGAUUUCGUGCCGAACCUGGUAAACGAACAAAUAGCCGGAAAUGUGAAACAAAAGUUUUUCCCUUGCAUCUUGGUCACUUUUACUUUUUCGUUAUUUUGUAAUCCCCAGGGUAUGAUACCUUAUAGCUUCACAGUUACAAGUCAUUUUCUCAUUACUUUGGGUCUCUCAUUUUCUAUUUUUAUUGGCAUUACUAUAGUGGGAUUUCAAAGAAAUGGGCUUCAUUUUUUAAGCUUCUCAUUACCCGCAGGGGUCCCACUGCCGUUAGCACCUUUUUUAGUACUCCUUGAGCUAAUCCCUCAUUGUUUUCGCGCAUUAAGCUCAGGAAUACGUUUAUUUGCUAAUAUGAUGGCCGGUCAUAGUUCAGUAAAGAUUUUAAGUGGGUCCGCUUGGACUAUGCUAUGUAUGAAUGAUCUUUUCUAUUUCAUAGGAGAUCUUGGUCCUUUAUUUAUAGUUCUUGCAUUAACCGGUCCGGAAUUAGGUGUAGCUAUAUCACAAGCUCAUGUUUCUACGAUCUCAAUCUGUAUUUACUUGAAUGAUGCUACAAAUCUCCAUCAAACUGGAUAGUUAUUUAUAAUUGAACAAAAGCGAGGAGCGAACUGCGCCCCAAACUUCUUUU